AUGUUGGAAGAAAAGCUUAGAAGAACUGAAGAGGAUCUUACCAGGCAACUGAGCUACACUCAACAGAGCUUGUCAGAGAAGAGCCGAGAACUAGACAAACUGAAAAAUGAAUGGACAUCAUACACUACAACUCUAACCAACAAACACUCACAGGAGCUGACAAAUGAAAAGGAAAGAGCUCUUCAGGCACAAACUCAAUACCAACAACAGCAUGAACAACAGAAAAAGGAAUUGGAAACUUUGCAUCAGAAAAGUAUUCAGCAGUUGCAGAACAGACUCUCAGAACUCGAGGUCAUCAAUAAAGACCUAACAGAGAGAAGAUACAAAGGAGACUCUACAGUCAGAGAACUGAAAGCAAAACUUUCAGGAAUAGAAGAUGAAUGUCAGAGAGCAAAGCAGGAGGUGCUGUCACUGCGUCGGGAGAACACGACUCUGGAUGCUGAAUGCCAUGAAAAAGAGAAACUCAUUAAUCAGCUACAGACCCGGGUGGCUGUUCUGGAACAGGAGAUCAAAGACAAGGAUCAGCUGGUUACUAGAACAAAAGAAGUAUUAGAUGCAACACAAGAGCAAAAGGUGAUACUGGAAGAGAGUACAGAGGAAAAACAGAGGCAUAUUGAAAAACUAGAGACAACAAUUAAGUCGCUGUCAGCUGAACUCCUUAAGUUACUAGUAGCUCCUGAUGGUGUUAUAAUUAUUAUGGGACUAUUACAGGUUUGCAAGCUACAAGAACAGCUAGAAAGUACAAUGCAAAAACUAGAAGAAAGUAAGCAGCUACUGAAAACCAAUGAAAAUGUGAUCAGCUGGCUGAACAGACAGCUGAGUGAAGUUCAGAUGGCGAAGAGGAUGGACACUUCUGCCAGCACACACGGCGGUGGUAGGGCUGCCUGCUCACCUCAUGGCAUGGUUCAGUUUAACACACAGCUUUCUAAAUUGAAUCGAUGUUCAGAUGCUCAGACAGUCAUUGCAACCAGUCAUCCAGCAAAUAAGGAGAAUGGUGAUCAUUUGGGGCUGGAAUCCAAGUAUCUCAAGAAAAAAGAUGACAGCAUUCCUUUACGAGGGCUUAGUCAGAACACGCUCAACUCGGAGUACCUGAGGCCAUACGUGCCAGCCAAAGCCCAGCCGUUGCCCAAAGCUGCAGGAACACCGGCCUCGGCUUAUUUUCCUGGAUAA